CCCGCAGGCCGGGGGGCAUCGGUGCCGGGGCAUCCGCGGCGCCUGAUCACCCCCGCGAAUAAGAGUUUUUGUUUUGGUCCAGAAAAGCAUUUUCGAGAAGCUGGUCAAGUAUGGCUUUAGCAGAUAAGAGACUUGAGAACUUGCAGAUCUACAAGGUUCUUCAGUGUGUUCGGAACAAAGACAAGAAGCAGAUAGAGAAGCUGACCAGGCUUGGGUACCCUGAACUAAUCAAUUUCACAGACCCCGUCAACGGACACAGUGCCCUGCACUUAGCCUCGGUUUCCAAUGACAUUGAUAUGGUCAGCUUUCUCCUUAGCCUUGGUGCUCACCCUGAUGUGCAAGACCGGAUGGGCUGUACUCCGACAAUGAGGGCCGCAGAACUGGGCCAUGAGUUGUCCGUGGAAAUACUAGCCAACGCAAAGGCUGAUAUGACUAUAGUUGAUAACGAAGGAAAAGGUAUUUUGUUUUACUGCAUUUUACCUACUAAGCGGCAUUAUCGCUGUGCAUUGAUUGCCCUGGAACAUGGUGCAGAUGUCAACAAUUCUACCUAUGAAGGAAAGCCAAUAUUCCUUAGAGCUUGCGAAGAAGCACAUGAUGUUAAACAUGUGUGCCUGACACUUUUGGAAAAAGGAGCCAAUCCAAAUGCUAUCAACUCAUCCACAGGUCGCACGGCUUUAAUGGAAGCAUCAAGAGAGGGAGUGGUAGAGCUAGUUCGAGGGAUAUUGGAAAGAGGAGGUGAAGUGAAUGCAUUUGACAACGAAAGGCAUCACGCUGCACAUUUUGCUGCCAAAGGAGGCUUUUUUGAUAUAUUGAAGCUGCUUUUUGCCUACAAUGGCGACAUGGGACUGAUUGCAAUGAAUGGGAACACACCACUUCAUUAUGCUGCCAUGGGUGGUUUUGCAGAUUGCUGUAAAUAUAUAGCUCAACGAGGAUGUGACCUGAAAUGGAAGAAUUUAGAUCAUAAAACGCCCAGGGCUGUGGCUAAGGAAGGCGGCUUCAAAGCAGCAAGCAAAGAAAUACGGAGGGCAGAGCGAAUCGCUAAUAAACUGGCCAAGCCAGGAGCCAAAAAUCCUAAUCCACUCUGGGCCCUAAGACUUCAUGAUUGGUCAGUAGAACAUGAGACUUUCCUUCGAGAAACCUUUUCGUUAGUGGACAGGGGAGAUGGGACAGUCAGCAAGGAGGACUUUGUGACGGCACUGGAGGAGAGGCAGGAGUUUGUGACCUCAGAACAGCUGGCUGUCAUAGCUCAACUGCAUGAAAAACUCCGAGGAGGAGGGGUCAACAUUAACGAUUUCUUUAAAGGAACCCAAUACUUAAGUAAGUCUUAUGUCUUGGGAUCCUAUGGGCCUAAGAAAAGGAAAAAAGGGAUGGCCAAAAAGAUGAAGAAAGGCAAGUUUGUUUUACCUCUCCCAGUCUGCAUCAUCUCUGACCAUGUCUUUCCACGCCGGAGUGAUGGUGGGCCACCAUUUUACAUGAUUGAAACCUAUAAGAAUGUAACUGAUUGCAAUCGGUUUAAUCUAGAUCACCCACCAGAACAUCCCAUUCAGGAUGACUCUGCUUGGUACGUUGAUGAUCCAGGGAAGGUAUUUUCAAAUAUUAAUUUUAUCACCAAGGCAGGAGACCUGGCUUCUCUGAAAAAGGCGUUUGAGUCAGGAAUACCUGUGGAUAUGAAAGAUAAUUAUUACAAAACUCCAUUGAUGACUGCCUGUGCCAGUGGAAACAUAGACGCGGUCAAGUUUCUUCUUGAAAAAGGAGCUAACGUUAAUGCAACAGAUAAUUUUCUGUGGACUCCACUUCAUUUUGCAUGCCAUGCAGGCCAACAAGAUAUUGUUGAGCUUCUUGUUAAAUCCGGAGCCGUGGUAGAUGCGGUUUCAAUCAACAACUCAACUCCUUUAACUAGAGCCAUCGAGAGCUGUAGACUGGAUACUGUAAAAUACUUACUUGAUAUUGGUGCUAAAUUCCAGCUGGAAAAUAGGAAAGGGCAUAGUGCCAUGGAUGUUGCAAAGGCAUAUGCUGAUUAUAGAAUAAUUAGUUUGAUUAAAGAAAAGCUAGAUAGCUUACCAAAACCAGCAGAAAAUCAAAAACUGAAAGGCAAGCCAUCUCUUAAAGCGAAGACUGAAGGCCCUGAGGUUAAGAAAGAAGAGGAACCACUUUCGUCAAUUUAUGCUGUGUCAACUGUAUCAGAGAAAAAGAAAAUGCGUAAAGAUAAUGUGGUUCAUCUCAAUUCAUUGAUUACCAGUGGUUAUACCAAGAAAGUGGAUAUCACAUUUGUUCCACGGAGGAUUUGGAGUCCUGAAGCCACAACGGCAGAGCUGAUCAGGAAGAGGGAACUGCGGCGGGAGAGGUUCACUUACGAGGUGGACUUUGAUGACUUCAUGAUGCCCUUUCAGAAGCACAUCACAGAGAAAGCUCAAGCAAGGGAAGCUGCCCUCAAGGCCUAAAUCACAGCAGUUGCUUCUUGGGGUAAACAUUCUGAGACCCAGAGACCAAACUUUGGAGAAAAUAGAUAUUUCCAUCAAAGCCAAAGCAAUCCACAAAUUAAGAAUUUGUAACCAAAUAUUUGUUUCUGCUUUAACAACUAUAGAUAUUCUGAACUGU